AUGAGUACCCUGGAUUUUGCCCUGGUCAAUAACACGGGAUCGGAUACCGUGUAUGCCUAUAUUACUGGCCUGGCAAUUGACAACAAUGAUGCACUUUUCCUGCUCGAGUCAGACGGCAAGACAGCUUACUACCCGACCUCGCCAUCAUCUGACGGAACGGCUCUGUCGGCAGAUUGUGCCAUAUCACUUGGAGCAUCGGGGAGUACGACUACGGUGACAAUUCCCCAUUUAGCCGGUGCUCGACUCUGGUUCUCGCGCGGCUCCAAGUUGACCUUUUACCUGAACCCUGGCCCGGCGCUCGUGGAGCCAUCGGUUUCAAAUAAGUCAGAUGCGAACUAUAAUCUCUACUGGGAUUUCUGUGAAUUCACUUGGAACUCCACGGAGCUUUUCGUCAAUAUCACAUUCGUCGAUUUUGUCUGUCUCCCCAUCGCUCUGUCCUUGGAGAAUACCUCCGGUACCACACAGACCGUCGAGGGACUCCCAUCUGAUGGACUCGAUACUAUCUGUACGGGUCUUACGACCCAGAAUGAUAGUGACGGUGCAGGCUGGGAUGAGCUGAUCAUAACAACCGGAGGCGCCAAUCUACGUGCCGUGUCCCCAAACAUAGGCGGGACCCUGACUAGUGGUCUACUUGGCAGCUACUGGGAUUCCUACGUCGAUUCAGUGUGGUCAAAGUAUACCGACGCCACUUUGACAGUCGAUACGCAGGCAGCUGCAGGAAGUCUCACGGCAACGGUCACGAACAACGAGUUGACUUUCUCAUCUGAUAGCAUCGCAUACGCUCAGCCAUCAUCUUCCGCAAUUUGGAGUAAUAGCUCUGGUGCUUUUGCUAAUGUUAGCAGUGGUACCCAGAAUGCGGUGACUGCUCGCUUGGCUGCUGCGUUUAAUCGAUCUACUCUAUUGAUUGAUACUGAUCAGCCGGAUGGCGAGGUCGUGUCUACUUAUUAUACGAACUCGAUCACGAAUCACUAUGCGCGCCUUUGCCAUGCUACUACACUUGAUGGCCGUGGAUACUCCUUCCCAUAUGAUGAUGUUGGUCCGAGUGGUGGGGCUGAUCAGUCUGGCAGUAUUUCGGAUUCUAGUCCCAAGCUGUUGACUGUUACUGUUGGUGGUCCAACUACUAGCUCUUCGACGAAUAAAUCUGUCAAGCAGGCGGUUACUAAACAGGUAAUUGCAAAGACUACAACUGCUCAGGUCACUCAGAAGCAGGGUUUGCUUCAGGCUAUGAAGAACGCGUUGCGCAAGCUGACUCGUGGCAAGAGUAGCUCUUGA